UUUCUUCUGUCUUCUUAAAUUCCCAUUUUCCUCUCAUAUAUAUACCCUUUCGUGUUCCACUAAAAAUACCAAUAUUAAUAUCAGUUGUUACUAUUUCUGAAACCCUCGUAUGGGAAUGUCUUUAACAAACUUCGAUUCUUUGCCUGAGGAAUGUGUCUCUACAAUCCUGUCCUUCACUUCUCCACCUGACGCAUGUAGAUUCUCAAUGGUAUCCACAUCCCUUCGCUCUGCCUCUGACUCUGACAUGCUUUGGCUUACUUUCUUGCCCUCUGAUUACCGUUCCAUCGUUUCGAGAUCCAUGACACCCCUCGCCGUUGAUUUAUCCUCACGUAAGAACCUCUUUUACGCCCUCUGCCGCCCCCUUCUCCUAGAUGGAGGCAACACGAGCUUCAAAUUGGAUAAGUUUUCGGGUAAGAAAUCUUAUAUCUUAUCUGCAAGGGAGUUAUCCAUAGAAUGGGGCACCGAUCCAAUGUACUGGAGCUGGAGACCAAUGGCUGAAUCAAGAUUCAAAGAGGUGGCUGAGCUAAGAACAGUGAGUUGGUUAGAGAUUGAAGGCAAAAUCAACACCAAGAAUCUAACACAAAACACGUUAUAUGGUGCAUAUCUAAUCAUGAGGGUCUCACACCGUGGAUAUGGCCUUGAUUCUGUGCCUUGUGAAGUAACAAUUAUAGUUUCAAACAGGGUAAUUAAGAGUGGGAAAGCGUAUCUGUGGCAAAAGGAUGAGAAGAAGGGCAUUAAGGAGAAUUCUCUUGAUGGAGUUCCUGUUCCUUCAAGAAGAGAAGAUGACAAUGGGUGGAUGGAGAUUGAGAUUGGUGAGUUCUUUAGCUGUGAAAGGGAUGAAGAGGUCAAGAUGAGUGUCAUGGACAUUGGUUACCACUUGAAGGGAGGGCUUAUCAUUGAAGGCAUUGAAGAUAGGGGAGAGAAGAGCGCAAUGGCCAGAAACUACGUAGGAGAGGACAACGACGGGACCAGUAUAGAGGUAAGCAGCGCACCCAGUGGUGACGAAGACGCCGGCGACAACCAUGCCACCAAUGCCGAGGGCGACGAGGUCGUACCAGCGGAGAGUGCAGUGCAUGUGGGAGCCAGAUCGGGCGCGAAGGUAGGUCAUCUCGUCGUAGGAGGUGGAGACUGCAACAGCACGGAUUGCAAGACGAGAAGGAGUGUAAGGUUACGACGAUGGUGGUUCGGAGAAGAGGAGAAAAGGCUUCGCGAUGGCUGCGUGUUGGUGAAGCAGGGGCUGGCACGAAAACUCCUGUGCUCAGUGGAGGUCCUGGGCUCGGCGAGAAACAGGAAAAGGGCUCGGAUGCAGGAAGGUUGCGCAAAGAAGAGAUGAAGAAAGGGGAGGCUCGCCAGCGGCUGUGGGGCCUGGAAGCGCGGACGGCGUGGAUGGCGGGGGUGCUGGGAGCGAUCAUUGAGGUCUGGUGUCUGUGGUGGCGUGGCACCGAUGAGAGAGAAAGAGACUGAGCGAAAAGGCAGUCACAUCAGAUGGGGGAGAGGGAGGCCGUUUUUGGAAUUUACUAGCGGUUGCAAAUCCUUAUUUAUUUUGAAUUUCAAAUUGGUAAUUAUUAAAAUAUAAUUAUUUAUAUAUUAUUUGAUGUUAAUUUUAAUUUUAUCCCUUAUUGUACACAUUGUACACUAAAUUCAUUGGCUCUUCAUACUUUCUCUAUUUAUAAAACAUAAAUAUUGGGUUUGAUGA